AUGUCUCAUAUAGAUAAUCCUCCAAGUUCUGAUACUUUAUUAGAUUAUUUUUUACCACAAAGUAGUAUAGGACCUAUUGGUCCACAAAUUGAUAUUGAAGCUAAUAUGCUUAUUGCGCAACAUCCAAGUGAUUUUAAUGAUAUGCAUAUGACAGUUGAAGAUUGGACAAAAUUGAAU